AUUUAUGCAGCACUGGUGUCUGUAAGCACGGGGAAUGCAUCAUUGACCCGUCUGUAGGUUACAGAUGUAUUUGUGACGCAGGAUACGAUGGCAGAAAUUGUACAAUUGAUAUUAACGAAUGUGAGCCCAUGCCAUGUUUGAACGGAGGCAAGUGUGUAGAUCUGAUUGGUAAUUAUACAUGUUGCUGCCCUGCUGGUUUUACUGGGAGAAACUGUGAAGAAGUAAUAACACAAUGUGGACAUAUAGGGACAAGACAGGGUCCGCCAUGUUUCAAAUGUAAGAAGUACAAGAAUGCAAUGUGUAUAACAAAGGUUGAAUAUUACAUUGUAACAGAGGAAGGAAAGACCAUUAAUGUGACUGAUGAGUGCAUCAACCCUUGAUAACAAAGCCUGUGUACAACAUGUAUACUGAUUGUGAUUUACAGCAUAAUAUUACUGUAUAUUUGUCACAGACGUUUUGAAAUCAUUACAAAUAAAAGCAUAUUAUAUAACUAUAGGUUAGAGUAUUAAAACCAAAUUUUAACCAA